CCGAGCCCGGGAGGCUGAGCUGUGAGCAGCAUGGAGCAGGCGGGCGAGAAGCUGGCCGCAGCAGCGGCUGGGGGCCGGGCCCAGGAGGUGCGGGAGCUGCUGGAGGCGGGGGCGCCGCCCAAUGCCCCGAAUCGGUUCGGCCGGACCCCGAUUCAGGUCAUGAUGAUGGGCAGCGCCAGAGUGGCCAGACUGCUGCUGCUCCACGGAGCGGACCCCAACUGCGCUGACCCAGUCUCCCUCUCACGACCAGUGCAUGACGCAGCUCGGGAAGGAUUCCUGGAUACGCUGGUGGCGUUGCACCAAGCUGGGGCUCGGCUGGACGUGCGUGAUGCCUGGGGCCGCUUGCCUGUGGACCUGGCUGAGGAGCAGGGCCACCGUGAUGUCGCUCAGUAUCUGCACGACAUCCCAGCGGAUGCGUGAGCCACACUGUGCCCAUGCAGCUGCCCCGAAAGCUCACCAGCCAAAGGCUAGAAUCUGGCAUCAAUUGGAAAAGUCAAAAGAAAAGAAGAACAUCUUCCACCCUCUCAAUCCUUCCCUACUUUUUUAAGAUUCAACUGUUUUUGAGCAUUUUUUAAAAUGUGGAGCUGGAGAUGUAACUCAGCAGCAGAGUGAUUGCCUAGCAUUUCAGGAAGCCCUAGGUUCAU